AUGAUGCUUCUCCGACACCUCAGCGCGGGGACGUGCUCCCUAGCUGCUGCCGCUGCUGCUGCUGCAACAGAAGUAGUGGGCCUUACUGUCCAGCAGGGCCUUGCGUUCGUACCACACCCGUCAAGGCCGCCAUUGUCACCACGAGGGAAACGGUACCAAUUUUCGUCAUCAACAACGAGGCCGCUCAGGUGUGGCAGUUCCGCUCCUAGCGAUCGUGCGGAGGAGUGGAGAGAAGCAGUUCUGCCGUUCUUACCCCCUGAUCAUUGUCGAACAGCAUCCCCGGCGGAGUCGCUGGGGAGAGGGGAGUGGUUUAAGCUGAUCUGCGGCGCAUCCUUUGAGGACCUUCCCGCCAUCCGCGAUCUGUCGCUCGUCUACACUCUGGCUGGCGCGGACUGCAUCGACGUGGCGGCGGAGGAGGCUGUUAUCGAGGCGGCUAGGGAUGGCGUUAUCGCAGCGCUCGGCGUGGCCGAAGCCAUCGGCAAGCCGAUGAGGAUGCCGUGGUUGAUGAUGAGCGUCAACGACGACGAGGAAGAUCCACACUUCCGAAAGGCGGCUUUUGACCCAAACCUUUGCCCAGCCGACUGCCCUAGACCCUGCGAGACAGUCUGCCCCGCGGAUGCGGUGGUGUUUCCAGACUCUGCCCCGCCCCCCGCGCAUAGAGCUGCCAUGGUGGGGGAACUCCUGAGGGCAAGCGCAGGCGGAGGCGUGCUUGGCCCGAGAUGCUACGGCUGCGGGAGGUGCAUCAACGUGUGCCCCCCGGGCAUCAUAAGGGCGGAGAAGUACAAGAGGUCUCCGGGGGUGGUGCGGGAGUUGCUGGAGAAGGUCGACGGCGUGGAGAUACACACCAAAGGAAACUUGGCGAGCUUUCGGGAGCUGUGGGAGGAGUGCGUUGCGGCCGCCGCGUCCCGACCCCAGUUCAGGGUCGUCGCUGUCAGCUUCCCUGACCUCGGUGACGACACGGGGCUAGCGGUGGCGACCAUGGGGGCCGUGAUGGACAGCGGGCCGCGGAGGGAGAGGCGGGGGGGGGGCGGAGAGGGGUCGGAAGCGACAUCGGCACGGAAAAGAGGAACAGAAUUUGAGGUUGCUGGGGAACAGAAGAUGGGGGGCCGAGCUCUCAACGUAUGGCAGACUGAUGGUAGGCCCAUGAGCGGAGACAUCGGCACGGGGGCUACGGCGGCAUGCAUUCGCCUGGCGGAGAAGGUUCUCGACACGCGAGCCCUCCCCUUCGGCGAGGGGCAACACUUCGUACAGCUGGCCGGAGGCACCAACGACCGCACGGCUCACAGGCUGCGUGAGAUGGGGCUUAUCGGACACGACUACGACGGCGGCGGCGGCGGCGGCGGCGGCGGCGGCGAUGGCGAUGGCGAUGGCGAUAGCUCGGACUGCCGCUCUCAGAACCGUUCUCAAGACCACCACCACCGGCAACAACAACCACCACCACCAUGGCAAGAGAGCAGAAGGCGAGUCGGCGGCGUCGCGUACGGGGGCUACGCGCGCAAGACAGUGGGCCGCGCCCUGGACCGACUCCCCGGGAAGGGCGCCGGGCGCGUGGAAGACCACCCGGAAGUCCUGUCGGCAGCGCUACGGGAGGCAUCCCUGCUUGUCAGAGGCCUCAAGCAGCCUAGAUGAAUCUGUAUGCGUACAUACCGGUCAAGAACCAUAUAUUAUGAACCAGAUUGUGCAGGAGGAAUCCUUGCUCUACGGAGGUCUUAAGAAGCAUUGAAAAACUGCGCAGUAUACGAACAUGCCGGUGACGAACCAUUGUAAUGGAGCAGCGCGUGUCGUAGCUGGCGCCACUCCGCGCUUCGUCGUGGUGGGGACGACGGUCUCCACCAGCGACUUUUUUGUUCGCGUUGAAAAAGGGCAUGUAUGUAGUAAAUAGUUCUCGCAACGAUAUUCGGGCAGCAGGUUGUUGUUGAUAGGUUUUUAGUUUUCAUCUUCGCUUCGCCUGUCGUGGUUGCGAAGAGGUUGACAAAGUUGUUCCUGUCACCGUUUUGUACAUUCGUCCAAUCACGUCUGUGUGUGCGAGCGUUCUGAUUAAUUUUCUUGAAACCCAGG